AUGGGCGUGCUGCAACCCCGACGUCGCGACUCUCCCGCAUCCGUCCGCAACCUGACGUUCGACCGUGACCAGGGUAUGGCACUGUCACCAGAGUCACUGGUGGAACAUGCAAACCUGGCCAGCUCGCCUGGCCCAAUAGGCGCCGAAUCAUCCAGUUACAAUGGGUCGAGGCGAACCCCCAGUCGAUCAUUCUAUCACCGUUCAUUUAACAGCAAUAUGGAUCCGGCACACUAUGCCUCAGAUGGUCUCCGGGACCAGACCGCUGAACUCGCAACCUACGGCCUGUCACUGAACAAAAAGUCUGUCUUGCGGGACGGCCCAGGCCUCCCACCUGGUCUGGAUAUAUUCCACGGCAGUCAGAAAUCUAGCAGUUUCUCCCAGGAUGAAGCCUCCAGCUCCCACACUGCCAUGGGGGAAGCGCUUGAUCCCGGUUCUGCUUCUGUUGACCCUGUAUCGGCCUCUUCGGCUCUCACAGAGAUGAUUCGCCGUCCUUCGACUGUGGUCGAUGAUCAGAUCGCGCCAUCAGCUACUGAGGAUGUGUCGUUCCCUCCCCCACCUACUAUCUACGAAGCACCCGAGCGAGAUACCGAGCAUACGUCGCUAUUAUCAAAGUCACGGUCUAAAUCUAUACAGAAUUAUGGAAGUGCUGGUGAUGUCGAGAACCAGGGGGCUUUCGCUCGGUCUCCUAACUUUUUGACAAAGGGGGUUUCAUCGGUGGCCAAAUACUCGAGGGCUCUGGCUAACCCGAAGACUUGGGAUAGGCGCAUUCUAUGGCAGGAAGCUGUGGUCCGUCCAGCUAGUCUGGUACCUGCAGUACUGCUAGGUCUUCUAUUGAACAUUCUGGAUGCCUUAUCUUAUGGAAUGAUCUUGUUCCCUCUUGGAGAACCGCUGUUCUCCCACCUAGGAAACGAUGGUAUCUCGAUGUUCUACGUCAGUACCAUUAUUUCCCAAGUCGUCUUCUCCUGUGGAGGGUCAAUUUUCAAAGGAGGAAUUGGAAGCGAGAUGAUCGAAGUGGUACCUUUCUUCCACCAGAUGGCUUUCACUAUCAUGAACUCGAUUGGUAAAGACAACCCCAAAUCUGUCAUUGCAACAACGAUCCUAGCCUUCUCAGUCAGUUCAAUCUUGACCGGCUUGGUGUUCUUCUUGAUGGUCGAGGUCUCAGCCCGGCUUCCUGGGUCUCUGGAGUAUAAUCUCGAGACACUUCAGAAACUGUUCCAUCUUGAUACUUUCCCUCUUUGGAUCAUUCCCCUGUCUCUUGCAAUUGGCCUCCUUCUCUUGAAACGGUUCGUUCGCUCGAACUUUUUGGUUGGGGGCUACUUCAUUGCAGUUGCGGCUGUGUUUUACAUUGUCAUUUUGAGUGCUAGGAUCUCUAUGAGCUCCUUGCAUCAGAACGGAUGGGUCUUUGAUGCCCCGUCUUCCAACAACCCUUGGUAUCAUUUCUACACGCUUUAUGAUAUCUCUGCGGUCAGUUGGACUGCUUUUGGCGAGACAAUCCCGGCCAUGUUUGCGCUGACCUUCUUUGGUGUGCUUCAUGUGCCCAUAAACGUCCCCGCUUUGGGAAUCUCCACCGGCGAGGACAACGUCAACGUUGAUAGAGAACUUGUGGCGCACGGGGUGACAAAUGCUCUUUCUGGAUUCGCAGGAAGUAUUCAGAACUACCUUGUUUACACCAACAGUCUACUCUUCAUUGCUAGCGGUGGAGAAUCUCGCUUGGCGGGGUUGAUGUUGGCUGGAGCCACGGCAGGUGUUAUGGUCAUUGGCCCUGUUAUCAUUGGAUACAUUCCUGUGAUGGUUGUGGGUGCCUUGAUCUUCUUGCUGGGCAUUGAGCUAUUGCAGGAAGCCUUGGUGGACACCUGGGGAAAGCUCACCCGGCUUGAAUAUCUGACUGUUGUGAUUAUUGUUGUCACUAUGGGUGCUUGGGACUUCGUAGCUGGAAUAUUCGUUGGAAUUCUUCUGGCAUGUGUGAACUUCGUCGUCCAGACUUCUCGCAAAUCCGCCAUCCGAGCCACCUUUUCCGGUGAGACCGCAGGGUCGACAGUCCGACGGCCUCCCAUUCAGCAGCAAUUCUUGCACGAAGCCGGACAGCAGACACUGAUCAUCAAGCUUGGUGGCUACCUCUUCUUUGGAACCAUCGUCAAUGUGGAGAAUACCAUGCGCGGCCUCAUCGAGGAAGAAGCAUUUGAUCGACGUCCCAUUCGCUUCCUUAUUCUCGACUUCUCCCGAGUCUACGGUCUCGACUUCUCAGCCGCAGAAGCAUUCACUCGUAUCAACCGCAUUCUCAAAAAGCGCAAUGUGCAAACAACCAUCUCAGGCCUGAACGUCGAAGGCGACGUAGGCAAGAGUCUCCAAAACGUCGGACUCUUCGAACCCGAAUCUGGCGUGCCAAUCUUCGAAGACCUAAACUCAGCCCUCGAAUUCUGCGAAAACGAUUACCUCAAAGUCUUCUACAGCCGCCAAGAAGCCCUCCUAACCCCCACCGAACCCUCAACACCCGCGACCAUCGUCCAAGUCCCCGUCCCAGUCCCCGAAUCCCAACCCCUAUCCGACACAAUCGUCAACUCCCCACGCGGCCAAUACCUCCAACGCGUAGCAACUACCACAAUCCGCGAGCACGAAACAGCAAUUAUGGCCUCCCCAGCCUGGUCAGCAAUGCGCCAACCCCUCCCCCUUCUCCUCCAAACCUUCCAAGGCCUCUCAACCCAAAAUGAAGACUUCUGGUUCCCAGCCUGCUCCUACUUCACCCGCGAAUCCUACCCAGCGGGUGAAGUCCUCUACUACGAAGGCGACGCCCCACGCGCCUUCUACCUCCUCGAAUCGGGCAUGUUACGCGCGGGCUAUGAUCUCCCCCAGGGCCGCUAUUUCGAGCUCAUUGUCGCGGGUCGACCGUGUGGCGAGUUGCCUUUCUUUAGUGAUACCCGUCGCACGGCGACUGUUAAGGCUGAGCGGGAUUGUGUGGUUUGGUGCUUGACAGGUGGGCAGUGGAAGGCCUUGCAGGAGAAGGAACCGCGAAUUGCGAGAGAGUUGUUGACUGUUAGUUUGAAGUUGACUACUGAGCGGAUGGAUUCUAUUACCUCGUGA